UCAUGGCAUGCUGAUAGAUCCCGCCAGCAGAAACUCCGCAUGGAGAUUUUUUCCCAAUCGUCCAGCGCAGUACACAGAUAACGAGUUGAAUUGCGGAGGCUUUAGCGUCCAGUGGAGUAAGAACAAAGGCAAAUGUGGCGUUUGUGGAGAUGCGUAUCAUCUUAAAAACCCGAGGUAUGUCUACCCUGGCAGGUACGCGAAGGACCGUUUCGUAACCAAGACAUACAAAGAAGGACAACAGAUCGAGGUCAGCGUUAAGAUCACUUCAAAUCAUCAAGGGUUCUUUCGCUUUAGCGUGGGCAAGGUGGAGAAGCGUCCCAUCACUCAAGAACAACUGAAGCACAUUCUGUUGCAGCCUGAUGGUUCCAACACAUGGCCGCUUCACUCUUCCAGGGAUGGAGUGUUCAAGAUUAAGCUCAUGCUACCAGAAGGCCUGACAUGUGAUCACUGCGUGGUGCAAUGGUGGUGGACAGUGGGCAACAACUGGGGUUGUAAUGACGAGGGCGUUUGCGGAGAAGGACUGGCGAAGAGACAAGAGACCUUUGUGAACUGCGCAGAUAUCAGGAUCGUACCAGCAGGAGGUCCGGCUCCCUCGACGGAGGAGCCCGACCCAGAUACACCUAUGAUGACAGUGGUAGGCACGACACAAGAACCAGCUACCUCGGCGCCAACACCAAAACCUCCUACUGGAGGGUGCAAAGCCACAGGAAGCUGGACCGGGCAAUCUCAUAUGAAUACAUGGUGUCAGAACAACUGUGCACUGGGUAAUUGCCCUUCUAGCCACUGUAUCUGUUCUUGAAAACCCCUGUUCACUGUUUUAACACUUAAAAGUUGUUAUAUCGAGUAUCCGUUAAAUGUUUGUUUGAAGAUUGAGUUUUUGGCUGUAGCUUGGUCUGAUUUACUUCUAAUAAAGAUGAGACGUCUUCUGCACC